AUGGACGGUGAUUCGUCAGCUCAGAAAGUGCCGUUAAAUCGUUCAUUUGGAGCCGAGUUCAAGAAAUUUCUAUUGAAGCCUUCGUGCACAGUAGCACAAACCGGCAUCCUCAGAUCGGGUUCGCGGUCGGAUGCUAGUUCUACGUUUUCUGAUAUCGAAAUAAGAAAUAGUACCAAUGCUGGAUCAUUUGGUUCGGAGAUCGUCCCCAGAGCGGGUUCCCGGUUGGAUGCAAACCGUUCUGUGAUUUCUGCUAUCGAAACAGGAAAUGUUCCCAAUACCGGUUCAUUUGAUUCGAAGAUCAUCCCGAAAUCGUGUUCCCGGCUGGAUUACAACCGUUCAAUAACCGGACUCGAAGAAAACAUCAAUAAGGAUCAUUCUAAUGCACAGUCUGUUCAAAAGGCGUCGUUGAACUAUCCAUUCAGUUCGGAGUUUCAUAAAUCGCUGUCUAGUUCUACGCGCUCGGCAUUCCAGGACUUGAGCAGCAUUGAAACUCCAAAAUCGCUGUCUAGCUCUACGCGCUCGGCAUUCCAGGACUUGAGCAACAUUGAAGCUCCAAUGUCGAAUUGGCCUGGUAAAACAAUAGCUAAUGAAUUGAAACGAUAUGCAGGUCGCAUUGUUGAAAAGGUGUCGAGUGGUUCAUUCAAACCAAAACUUGAAAAAUCCAGGUUAUCCUCUAUUAAACCUGCAUUGAGGAAUCUCAGUAGGGUUAACACUGAAUCUGGUCGGAAAGUGUCGUUCGAUGGUUUGUUUACGUCAGAACCCGACAAAUCCUUGUCAGUAUCUACGCGCUCGGCAAGAGUACGUUCGCAGAACUUUGAAAUGCGUCAUGGAUCCAAUUCUCGUCGCCUUGCCUUGCCUGGAGAGAAAAUCGUGAAAUAUUCGAUAUCACAGCCGGCCUUCAAAGUACGGAGAGGUAAUUAUUAACACUCUCCUUUUUAUUAUUAGAACCACAUUAAUUAAUUAAACAUAUUUCAGCGCUGUUCAC